GCAGUGCCUGCCCGCGGGGAGCCGGGGAGGAAACCCUCUGCUGCAGCUCCCCCAGCUCCAGCGGUGGCACGGCCCCUCCGGCCCGCCCAGCCUCGGGGUCCCUGGGGCCGUGGCCUCCAGGAUGCUGUGCGCCCGGCCCGUGGAUGACUGUGAGCUCUAAAAGCUCGGCGGGUGCCACGCGCUCCCACCAGCCUGCCAGUCCCCCAGCGGAGAUGGGCUCAGCUCCUGGACUUGCCACAGACAGAAAGCAUAACAGACACUCUCCCGGGAGAGUCUCUGCCUGAUCCGCGGUGGCUCGGAGCGCGGGGCCCAGGGCGGCCGGCCAGCCAGAUGCAGAGCACCGUCAAUUACCUCUGGCACACGGACGACCUGCUGGGGCAGGGGGCCACUGCCAGCGUGUACAAGGCCCGGAACAAGAAAUCUGGGGAGCUGGUUGCCGUGAAGGUCUUCAACACGGCCAGCUACCUGCGACCCCGCGAAGUUCAAGUGAGGGAGUUUGAGGUCCUGCGGAAGCUGAACCACCAGAACAUCGUCAAGCUCUUUGCGGUGGAGGAGACGGGGGGCAGCCGGCAGAAGGUGCUGGUGAUGGAGUACUGCUCUAGCGGGAGCCUGCUCAGCGUGCUCGAGAGCCCCGAGAACGCCUUCGGGCUGCCCGAGGAGGAGUUUCUGGUGGUGCUGCGCUGUGUGGCCCAUGUGAAUGCUCUCUCUGGACCCAAGGACAGCCUUCCGCCCAAAGUAAGCCCCAGGCACGAAGCUGUCCCUGGCCAGAGAGCUAGCAGCCCACUCUCCGCAGUGGCCGGCAUGAACCACCUGCGGGAGAAUGGCAUCGUCCACCGAGACAUCAAGCCUGGAAACAUCCUGCGCCUCCUGGGGGAGGAGGGGCAGAGCAUCUAUAAGCUGACAGACUUCGGGGCUGCCCGGGAGCUGGAUGACGAUGAGAAGUUCGUCUCUGUCUAUGGCACUGAGGAGUACCUGCACCCUGACAUGUAUGAGCGGGCCGUGCUUCGCAAGCCCCAGCAGAAGACAUUCGGGGUGACUGUGGAUCUCUGGAGCAUUGGGGUCACCCUGUACCAUGCGGCCACGGGCAGCCUGCCCUUCGUCCCCUUUGGGGGGCCACGGCGCAACAAGGAGAUGAUGUAUCGGAUUACCACGGAGAAGCCGGCCGGGGCCAUCGCGGGCACUCAGAAGGAGGAGAACGGGCCUCUGGAGUGGAGCUACACCCUCCCUGUCACCUGCCGACUGUCCUUGGGGCUGCAGAGCCAGCUGGUGCCCAUCCUGGCCAACAUCUUGGAGGUGGAGCAGGCCAAGUGCUGGGGCUUCGACCAGUUCUUCGCGGAGACCAGCGACAUCCUGCAGCGAGUCAUCGUGCACGUGUUCUCCCUGUCCCAGGCGGUCUUGCACCACGUCUACAUCCACGCCCACAACACGAUAGCCAUCUUUCUGGAGGCCGUGUAUGAGCAGACCAGGGUGGCCCCCCAACACCAGAAGUUCCUCUUCGAGGGUCACUUCUGGGUCCUUGAGCCCAACUUGUCAGCACAACACAUUGCCCACACGACCGCAAGCAGCCCCCUGACCCUGCUCAGCACAGCCAGUGAGACCCCCAAGGGGCUGGCCUUCAAGGACCCUGCUCAGGACAUCCCCAAGUUCUUCCCCAAAGUGGACCUGCAGGCAGAUUACACCACCGCCAAGAGCGUCCUGGGCGCUGGCUACCAGGCCCUGUGGCUGGCGCGGACCCUGCUGGCAGGGCAGGAGCUCAUGCUUCGGGGGCUGUACUGGUGUGUGGAGACAUUCCAGGCUACGUGCAGGCGGACGCUGGAGGUCACGCGGAUGGCCCUCCUCUUCCUCAGCAGCAGCCUGGGCACUGAGAGGUUCAGUAGUGUGGCCGGGAUGACUGAGAUGCAGGAGCUGAAGAAGGUCACGGAGCUGAGGUCCAGGCUGCGGGCUUUGGCAGAGGCCCUCUCCAGAUGUUCCCACAGUAUCACAGAGUCCCAGACAAGUCUGAGCAACCUAAGGUCUGAGCUGCUGAAGAACCGGGAUCAGGUACAUGCGGACAGAAGGAUGCCACUACUGCUAGUAUGCCCCUUUUGUGGAUGGGGAAGCUCACUCUGGGAGUUUAAUGUGCCCUGGGACACAGACGGUCCAUGACAAAUGACAGUGGUGGGACUUGACAUCACGUUUGCCCACCUCCAAGGCCUAUGUUCUUGGCCUCCACCAGGGAUUUACAGCUUCGAGAGCCUCAUUCAACAUAUAUAAGAAUGCCUGCCCGCCCCCUCACAGCCUGGUGUGACCACGCAGCCCGUUCUUCUUGGUACCCAUUCCACUCAGUGCUGACAGGGAUCCCUAACCCGGUCCCCCAGAUCCGAAAUCAAAGAGCUCUGAAAACUGUGGGGUUUUGUUUGUUUGUUUUGGCUGCAAACCCUGACCUCAGUCUUCUGCUGUGAGUCUUCUUUUAUUUAGUCUGUGUUUCCCUCUUAGAGUGGAUACUCUUACUGUUCCUUAAAGGCUGAAGGUAUUGGACCCCAGACCCAGACCCCAGACCCCACUCAGGCUGUCCUACAACAUAACCUAUGUCUGCUGGAUUGCCUUUCUAGAAUCAGAAGACAAUUCUGAAUUUGGGAUGUAUCUGGCCUGUGUCUUUUGGGAAAAGACUGGAUUUGAGGUCUCAUCCACCCCAAGUUCUCCAAAGGAUGGGUGCCUGGGACCCAGCUUGGGCCCAGCCCAGAGUCCAGCUCCAGAAGUAGCUGAGAUGGGGUCACUGGGAAGAGCUUCAGGAGGGAAGUGGAGCUAAACAGGCCCAAGGGUGGGGAAGAACACCCCCUACCCCCAGAGACACACACAUUCAACAUCUCAACUGUCUGUAUCCAGCCCAAAAAGGGAAAGGAAGAAACACUACUGACCUUAAACCCCAGCAGGUGAAGGUCUUUGAGAGGUCGUCUCGCACAUCCGUCUGCCUCCAGGCAGGACUGAGGACUGAGGACUGUAGACUCAUCCAUGUUUUAUUUCAUUUUAUUUUAUUUUUUAAAGAUUUUAUGUAUUUAUUUAACAGAGAGAGAGAAUGAGCACAAGCAGGGGGAGCAGGAGAGGGAGAAGGAGGCUCUCCACUGAGCAGGGAGCCUGACUCAGGGCUCGAUCCCAGCACCCUGGGAUCAGGACCUGAGUCAAAGGCAGACACUGAACCAACAGAGCCCCCCAGGCGCCCUCACCUGUGUUUUAAACAGGGGUUGUCGGUUCAUGAUUUAAGCACCUUCCAUGUGCCAGGUGUGGGAUAGACCAUGAGGCCCCGACUUCUGCUCUCCCCAGGCCACCAGGAGAAAGGCUUCUGCUGCACUGCUGUCCUCAGCGGGCCCUUGCCGGACUCGCAGGGUCCAGACUCCUGCCUGGAUUCUGUUCUCAAAGCUUCCAGUGUAGCAAAGGCCAUCCUCCUGUGGCCUCUCCUGCUUGGCUUUCUGGUCUUUGAUGAAAUACCUCGAAUGUGUGAGAGAGAGAGAGAGAGACAGAGAGAAAGAAUAAACAUGUGACUCAGAGGUGGCUGGCUGGCCCCAUGGCACCUCAAACAAGCUUAGGGACAGGAAGUCACCCCCACUCCCAGACUGGCCCCCAGACUGUGGUGAUGAGGCUCCUUCUGCAGGCGGACAGCUCCUCUGCUCCCUCGGCCCACCAACCCUCUCCCUGCCCAGCCAUGUCAUCCCCUCCCUUCCCUUUUACUCUGUGCUGUUUGAUUCUCCCCCUGCCUGGUCCCCAUCUCCUGCCCACAGCAUCCAGCAGAUUCA